AGUCUGUUUGACGCGGAUAAUACUGAUAGACCGCCAAUAUCUUGGCGAUAUUAAGGUUGGUAAUGAGGUUUUACGCCUGAGAUGGUGUUUACUUGUUUUAAAAGACAUGUAAGCGCCAACUCCCUUUUUAAGAGCGUGAAAUCGGCUCUACUUCACAAAAGGUGCAUAUAUUGGCCACCUCCUCCAAACAAAAGAUCAACUAUAAUAGAGCUCCCGUCUGGAAAAAAGUGUUUCGUCUUCAUGGGCAAGCGUGACUGCGACGGUAAACUUGAGCCAGUAGUUUGUUUCAUUGACAGAAAUGGAGACAAAUUGACAUGGUUAAACACAGAAGAAGUUCACCAACUCGAGAAACUGGCUCCGAGACUUUUAAGCUAUUUUGACUUGUGGGAAUCGAAGACAAAUGAUGUAAUAGAGUAGAUAUGUCACUAUAAACACAAAAACAUCGACAUUAG